CUUUUUCUAAUUAAACCAUCUUGAGGUUAAUGCAUUUUCAUUAUUCAUUCAUUUUAAUUUGCAGGUGCGUGAUUUUUUUGCUAAUCAACGCACCAGAGUGAGAAAGCAAGCUCAGUUGUCAAGGGAGAAGGCCAUUAGAUAUGGACUCACAGGAGACCCAUUGGAGAAAUCCAAAAUCUCUAAUACUAUGGUAACUCUUGAUCAAAACCUAAAAUCGGAGAAAUUCAGAACCUCUAAUAGGGUGGAAACUCUUGAUCAAAUCCAGAGAAUGGACUCAUGGGAAGCCUCAUGGGAGAAAUACAUGAAGGUUCAAAUCCCAUGGCAGACACCACCAGAACGGUGGAGAGUAUUUAGAUCAUCAAAAUUUAAGCAGAAGUAUGUUGUGAGUCAUGCCUGCAACUGCCUUGGGGAGAUUUAAAUUAUGUCUUUUCAACCCCAGAUGAUAAC